AGUUUCAUCAGCAGCAUUGGCCUUUUGAAAAUUGCUAGAAGUUAGUUCUUUGAAUUACAGAGGUUGACUGAGAAAGUACUUGAUAUGCCUACGGUUGGUGUAAAGAAGGAGCUCCUGUUCAAGGCACUUGGUCGAAGUUUCACUGAUGAAGAAUUUGAUGAGCUUUGUUUUGAGUAUGGAUUGGAAUUGGAUGAAAUUACAUCUGAAAAACAAAUGAUCUCAAAAGAGCAAGGUGAAGACAAAGCCGCCAAUGCUUCUGAUGAAAUAAUUUACAAAAUAGAUGUCCCUGCUAACAGGUAUGAUUUGCUGUGCUUGGAAGGAUUAGCCAGAAGUCUUCUUGUCUUUCUCGGAAAGGCACCAAUACCACAGUACAAAAAGGUGAAACCUGAAAACCCCCAAGCUCUUUACAUCAAGCCAGAGACUGCAAAGGUUAGGCCUCACUGUGUCUCAGCAAUUCUAAGGAAUAUCACAUUUACCCAGGAUUCUUACAAUAGUUUUAUUGAACUUCAAGAGAAACUUCAUCAGAACAUAUGCAGACGACGAGCACUUGUUGCUAUAGGCUUGCAUGAUAUGGAUAAAAUCAAAGGACCUUUUCGUUAUACGGCAGAGAGUCCUGAUGUCAUCAAAUUCAAAGCUCUCAACCAGCCAAAAGAAACUACAGCUGCAGAGUUGAUGCAGAUUUACAAGAGUGACAACCACCUCAAGCAUUAUUUGCAUAUAAUAGAGAACGAGCCCCUCUACCCUGUCAUUUACGACAGCAACAACGUGGUUUUGUCAAUGCCUCCCAUUAUCAAUGGGGACCACUCGAAGAUGUCUUUAGAAACUAAAAAUGUUUUCAUCGAAAGCACAGCCACGGACCUACAUAAGGCCUCUGUUGUAUUAGACACACUGGUCACCAUGUUUAGCGUUUAUUGCAAAGAUCCGUUUGUAGUCGAAAGCGUCGAUGUCCACCAACCAGAUGGCAAGGUUAUAACUUACCCGGAACUUGAAUACAGAAAGGAGAUUGUUGAAGUAGAAAGAGCGAACAAGGCUGUAGGAAUCAAUAUAAGCGCGGAGAAAGCUGCCGACAUUCUUACCAGAAUGUGUUUAAAAUCGAAAGUUGUUGACGAUGGAAAGCGUGUUGACGUCAUUGUGCCGCCAACGAGAGCCGAUGUGAUCCACCCUUGCGAUAUUUACGAAGACAUAGCCAUUGCCUAUGGAUACAACAAUGUAACUGAAGUGAUACCCCCAACCAACUGCAUCGCUAACCAGCUACCAUUGAAUAAACUUUGUGACCUAGUGCGAGGGCCUAUUGCUCAGGCUGGAUUCACUGAGGCGCUCACAUUUUCAUUGUGUUCUAGAGACGAUGUAUCAGAAAGAAUAAACAAACCUGAUGGCUGUAAACAUGCAGCUCAUAUUGGAAAUCCCAAAACCCAAGAGUUUCAGGUUGCUAGGACAACUCUUCUACCUGGUCUUCUGAAAACGGUUGCAAGCAACAAAAAGAUGCCACUUCCUCUAAAACUUUUUGAAAUAUCUGAUGUGGUUUUACGAGAUGAUUCAAAAGAUGUUGGAUCUCGAAAUGAGCGCCGUUUCUGUGCAGUACAUUGCAACAAGACCCCCGGAUUUGAAAUUAUCCAAGGACUACUAGAUCGUUUUAUGCAACUACUUGAUGUAAAGCCUACUGAAAACAGGGUAGUGAAUCCAAAGCAAGGCUACCAUAUUAGGGCGACUGAAGAUUCCACUUUCUUCCCUGGUAGAUCUGCCGAGGUCGUUGUCAAUGGUGACGUCAUAGGCUUGAUCGGCGUUCUCCAUCCGGAAGUUCUUCAUAAAUUUGAACUGCCCAAUCCAUGUGCAGCAUUCGAAAUCAACAUACAGUAUUUUGUCUAGAAACUUCUGCCAGUAUUAGCGAAUUAAAUUCAAUUUUGAAUCAAAGAAAUGAGAAGAAA